CGGCAGCGACAGCGGCAGGGCCUCGAGCGCCCACAGCCCACCUCUCGGGGGCGGGCUCCCGGCGUGAGCAGGGCUGACGAGAAGAUGGAGGAGCUGGUGGUGGAAGUGCGGGGCUCCAAUGGCGCUUUCUAUAAGGCAUUUGUAAAGGAUGUCCAUGAAGAUUCAAUAACAGUCGCAUUUGAAAACAACUGGCAGCCAGAGAGGCAGAUCCCAUUCCAUGAUGUGAGAUUCCCACCACCUGUAGGUUAUAAUAAAGAUAUAAAUGAAAGUGAUGAAGUUGAGGUUUAUUCCAGAGCAAAUGAAAAGGAGCCUUGCUGUUGGUGGUUAGCCAAAGUGAGGAUGAUAAAGGGUGAGUUUUAUGUGAUAGAAUAUGCAGCCUGUGAUGCUACAUACAAUGAAAUUGUCACAAUUGAGCGCCUAAGAUCUGUGAAUCCCAACAAACCUGCUACUAAGGAUACUUUUCAUAAAAUCAAGCUGGAAGUACCAGAAGACUUACGGCAAAUGUGUGCUAAAGAAUCUGCACAUAAAGACUUUAAAAAGGCAGUUGGUGCCUUUUCUGUAUCUUAUGACCCAGAAACUUAUCAGCUUGUCAUUUUGUCCAUCAAUGAAGUCACCUCAAAGCGAGCACAUAUGCUGAUUGACAUGCACUUUCGGAGUCUCCGCACUAAAUUAUCGCUGAUCCUGAGAAAUGAAGAGGCCAGUAAGCAACUGGAGAGUUCAAGGCAGCUUGCCUCAAGGUUUCAUGAACAGUUUAUCGUUCGAGAAGAUCUGAUGGGUCUAGCUAUUGGUACUCAUGGUGCUAAUAUCCAGCAAGCUAGAAAAGUACCUGGAGUCACUGCUAUUGAUCUAGAUGAAGACACCUGCACAUUUCAUAUUUAUGGAGAGGAUCAGGAUGCAGUAAAAAAGGCUAGAAGCUUUCUUGAAUUUGCUGAAGAUGUAAUACAAGUUCCAAGGAAUUUAGUAGGUAAAGUAAUAGGAAAAAAUGGAAAACUGAUUCAGGAAAUUGUGGACAAAUCAGGAGUUGUGAGGGUGAGGAUUGAGGCUGAAAAUGAGAAAAAUGUCCCUCAAGAAGAGGAAAUAAUGCCACCAAAUUCCCUACCUUCCAAUAAUUCAAGGGUUGGACCUAAUUCCUCUGAAGAAAAAAAACAUUUAGAUUUAAAGGAAAAUAGUGCCCAUUUUUCUCAGCCUAAUAGCACAAAAGUACAGAGGGGCAUGGUACCAUUUGUUUUUGUGGGAACAAAAGACAGCAUCGCUAAUGCUACUGUCCUUUUGGAUUAUCAUCUGAACUACUUAAAGGAAGUAGACCAGUUGCGUUUGGAGAGAUUACAAAUUGAUGAGCAGUUGCGACAGAUUGGAGCUAGUUCUAGACCACCACCAAAUCGUACAGAUAAGGAAAAAGGCUAUGUGACUGAUGAUGGUCAAGGAAUGGGUCGAGGUAGUAGACCUUACAGAAAUAGGGGGCACGGCAGACGCGGUCCUGGAUAUACUUCAGGAACUAAUUCUGAAGCAUCAAAUGCUUCUGAAACAGAAUCUGACCACAGAGACGAACUCAGUGAUUGGUCAUUAGCUCCAACAGAGGAAGAGAGGGAGAGCUUCCUGCGCAGAGGAGACGGACGGCGGCGUGGAGGGGGAGGAAGAGGACAAGGAGGAAGAGGACGAGGAGGAGGCUUCAAAGGCAACGACGAUCACUCCCGAACUGAUAAUCGUCCGCGUAAUCCAAGAGAGGCUAAAGGAAGAACAGCUGAUGGAUCUCUUCAGAAUGCCUCCAGUGAAGGUAAUCGGCUGCGCCCGGGUAAAGAUCGAAACCAGAAGAAGGACAAGCCCGACAGUGUGGAUGGUCAGCAACCACUAGUGAAUGGAGUACCCUAAACUGCAUAAUUCUGAAGUUAUAUUUCCUAUACCAUUUCCGUAAUUCUUAUUCCAUAUUAGAAAACUUUGUUAGGCCAAAGACAAAUAGUAGGCAAGAUGGCACAGGGCAUGAAAUGAACACAAAUUCUGCUAAGAAGUUAUUUUUUGAUAUUGGCCAUAAGCAACAAUCUCUCAAACUUGCACAAAAUGAUGAAAUUAAAGCAUUGCUUUUAAGUAUACUUAGUACUUCAGGGCAGGAUUUUAAUUAUACUUUUCAAAGUACUGAGCAGUGAUGUCCUUUAUUCAUUUGGACCAUUUUUCCUGCAUUGGGUAAUAACUCAUCAGGAUGUUUUAGUUUUUCUCAAAAAAAAAUAGCAUUUAUAGGAAUCAUACUAGACUUCUGUUUUCAAUCUCAUAUAGAAGUCUCCAUGAAAUGCGUGUCAUUUCAUGUCCUGUGUCAGUUUAUGUUUUGGUCCACUUUUCCAUUAUUUUAGUGGACCCUGAAAUGUGUGUGAUGUGACAUUUGUCAUUUUCAUUAGCAAAAAAAAAAGUUGUAUGAUCUGUGCCUUUUUUAUAUCUUGGCAGGUAGGAAUAUUAUAUUUGGAUGCAGAGUUCAGGGAAGAUAAGUUGGAAACACUAAAUGUUAAAGAUGUAGCAAACCCUGUCGAACAUUAGAACUUUAUAGAAUGCAUGCUCUCCAUAUUUUUUUCCUUACAUAAACAUCAGGUUAGGCAGUAAAGAAUAGGACUUGUUUUUCUGUUUAUGUUUUGUUGCACUGAAGUUUGACAAAUAGUGUUACUGAAAGGGAUGUGAAAUUUUUCUGUAUAGACAGGAGAAGAAAUAACUCUUUUCAUUUGAGAGAGGCUAACAUGUCUUCAGCUAGGAACAAAUCUUCCUGGUUGAAAGUUAGUGGGAUAUGCCUGCUCUUUGGCCUGAUGACCAAUUUUAACUUAGAACCUUUUUUAUUUUGUCCUCCCCAAAUUUUGUGAAGUUUUUCCUAGUUUAAAAUCAAGCUUAUUUUGGGGAGAUAGGAAAGUUGUUUUCAUGUAUACAUAAUAACCCUGUGAAGUACAGGUACUUUGUCUAAGAAACAUUGGAAGCAGGUUAAAUGUUUUGUUAACUUUUAAAUAUAAAGUCUAAUGUAUACGCAGAAUUGAAAAGCAUACUAGGCUCAAUUAACAGUAAUACUUUUUUUGCCCUAUUUUUUAGUUUUGAUGUGAUUUUGAUUUUGGUUUUGAGCUUUUUUUUUCAAUGAAAAAAAAAUUACUGAGGAAAAAUAUGUGAAAGACCUUCACUCCUAAGAUGUUAUAUUUUUCUUAAAAAAUAAGUCCAUGUAGGGGUACCACCGAAUCUGUACAGAGCCGUACAAACUGAAGUUCGGUAUUUUGUGAGUUUGUUUUUUUUUUCAUUUUCAUUUUAGUUACUUUUCCUUGCAUACAAAUAAGCAUAUAAAAAGGCAACAAACUGCACAUGAUUUCACAAAUAUUAAAAAGUCAUUUAAAAAGUAUUGCCAAACAUUAAUGUUGAUUUCUAGUUAUUUAUUCUGGGAAUGUAUAGUAUUUGAAAACAGAAAUUGGUACCUUGCACACAGCAUCAUCUGUAAGCUGUUCGGUUUUAAAAUACUGUAGAUAAUUAACCAAGGUAGAAUGACCUUGUAAUGUAACUGCUCUUGGGCAAUAUUCUCUGUACAUACUAGCGACAACAGAUUGGAUUUUAUGUUGACAUUUGUUUGGUUAUAGUGCAAUAUAUUUUGUAUGCAAGCAGUUUUAAUAAAGUUUGAUCUUCCUCUGCUAAAUUGAUGUUGAUGCAAUCCUUACAAUGAUUGCUUUUUAAAUUUUAAGAUAGGAAAAGAAGAAAUCUCUGAGUUGCAUUCUGUUACAAAAUGUAACUGUUACCAUUGGAAAUUUCACAUAUAGGAAGUUAGCCGUUAAUCUACCAACUUUCAAGAACUUAAUUUUGUUUAAUAAUAAAGUGAAAAAACCAACAAUGUGGUACAAAACUACAGUGUACCAUUACAAUAUGCACUAAGUCUCUUUUUUACAAAGGCUGGAUUCAGCAAGGCGCUAACUUGCUUAAAUGUGAAUUACUAACUUCUAAAACUGUAAUUUGAUUCACAUGUUUUCAAAUGGAGUUGGAGUUGAUUCAUAUUACAAUAUUUGUGUGCAAAUGUGUAUGUUUUUCAGUUCAAAGUCAUGAUGUUUUUAAAAUCUUAUUAAAGUUUCAAAAAUCUGAA